AAAAGCAGGAAGAGGACACCGCAGUGAGAGGCGGAGGAGGCUGGCCAUACCGAGGAGGGCAGAGUGCGUUUAAGCGUCCGCUGGACGAGGAGGAAGCGAACGUAGGAUGAUAAGAAAAAGAAAAGGAGGUGAACAAAAGGUAGUGGUCCAGGAGGUGAGCAAGUGCAUAAUAUUCUGGAGAGAAGGAAUAAAUUCGGCAACGAUGCUCGCUUAUGAAGAAAAUUGGAGAGAUAGAACAGAUCUGGAUAAUUUUUGCUUAACAAUAUGAUUCUUAUAUUUUAUACAAGUGUUUAAAUAAAUUUGAAAUGAUAGAAUAAUCAAGGGAAUAUAUAUUUAGAAGAAAAAUUUUAACAAUGAUACGUUUUACAAAUAAAAGGAAGGAAAUGCUUUAUUAGAAGUUUAAAUUUGGAUGCUUGGAAGUUAACAACUACUUUGUCAAGAAUAAUCAAGAGAAUAUAUAUUUAGAAGAAAAAUUUUAACAAUGACACGUUUUACAAAUAAAAGGAAGGAAAUGCUUUAUUACAAGUUUAAAUUUGGAAGUUAACCACUACUUUGUCAUAGCUUGAUCACUUUCAUUUUUCAAAAAAUUGCCUCAUUCGAAUUCAAUCCGACCAAAAGUCAUGCAUAUUUCCCUCCUGUUUCCACGAUUUAAACCAAUCAGACGUACGAAUAGAAUCGCGAAUAAUACAAGACGACUUCUUUACGAACCACGUGGAGAAAAUCAUACGUUUAGCGAGGCAGGAAGGAGAAGAAGAACGAGCAUUUAAGUAUACGCUAAGCGAUCGGGUAAAAUGAAAUGCGGUAAGAAAGGUGGAGAAGAAGGCGCGAGGAAGCCGGUGGUUGGGCGCUAACGUAGUCGAACGAAGAAGAUAAAUAAGGAAUGUAUAAGGCGUGCAAGAAACGAGAAAAUUGACAUUCCAAUCUCGUGGAAAAUAGUAUGCACGCGAAGAGUGGAAAGGAAGAGGGAAAAAAAAAAUGCGUAUGCGAGCAGAGAGCGGAUGGAGGAAGGAAGAGGGUCAAGGAGGCGGAGAUGAGAUGAGAAAAGAAGAAAUGGAACGGCGAAUCGUUCAGCGGACGAGGAAGAAAGGAGUCUGCCGGAGUGAAGGAAACGAGUAUCGCGAACUGGAGGAAGAAGAAGAAGAAGAAGAGGAGGAGGAGGGAGGAAGAAGAAGAAGAAGAAGAAGAAGAAGAAAAAGAAGAGGAAAGAAGGGAGCCAAGGUAAAAGGGAGAGGAGGCGAGGGGACGAGGUCUGGGUUGGGUAAGGUGAGGGCUCCUACGGCCAUUCUAACGGAGGCCACAGUUCUCUGCUUCGAGCUCCACGUUUACCUCGUCCUCGUCCUCGACGUGGUAACGUGCACGGCCACAGUGAAGUCGAGGCCGACAUCAAUAACGUGGCUCCUUUUUUCCUCUUUUCGCUUCGCUACGACCGACGACCGAGGGAAUCGCGGUGUCGUGAUCAUUCAGAAAAUCUAUCUUCGCGGGUGGAUGUCGGCUGGCAGCAAGAACAGGAUGAUUCUGGGCAGCCUGGGAGGAAUCCUCGCUGUCCUCCUGCUCGUGCUCGUGGAGAUCUCGUGGACCAGGGCCAAGCCUCAACAGAUCAAACCUGGGUGCAGAUACGAGGGCCGCAGAUACGAGGAGGGCACGUCCGUGGUCACGUCCGAGCCCUGUUUGCAGUGCAGGUGCAACGAGGGCGCGCUCAGAUGUCGUCUUCGAGUUUGUCCACGAUUACCAAAUCCACCACCCACGGGAUGUACCGUCCGCUCCCCGGAAGAGAACGUCUGUUGCGCGGAAUUAGUUUGCAGCGAGACACAUGAAGCCGUGAGCAUGCCACGAAGAUCUAACGCUCAUGUGGAGCAAGAUGAGGGGGACGAGGAUUACCAGAAUCCUCGUUUUCGAGGUUGCCUGCACGAAGGCGUGAGAUACGGGCCAGGCUCGGCUAUGAUGGGCUCACGUAGAUGCGAGUACUGCUACUGCAUUUCUGGCGCGAGAAGAUGCAUCCGCCCGAAGUGUCUCCUGCCCCUGCCAGGAUGCACCCCGCUCUACGCCCCGCACUCUUGCUGCCCUGUUGCCUACAACUGCACCCAUCUCCAUUCGUCGACAUUGGCGCCGAUCACGGGAAACGGGUGCCGUGUGGGAUCGAGGAUGUACGAGGAGGGCGAGAUGGUACGGGACAUCGAGUGGAAGGCCGCCUGUGACAACUGUUUCUGCGCCAUGGGCGCGAUACGUUGCGUUCCCCUCGCUUGCGCGCCUCCUCUUCAAGGCUGCAGCCCGAUCGUACGCGAGGGACACUGCUGUCCGUCCACCUACAACUGCAGCGGUAGCAUCGAGGUUAAGGCCACCCAGAACUACGCCUCGUACGCGUUCAUCAGCAAGGACUACGCCAAGUUUCGCAAGGAGACCAAUUUCUUUCCGGCAAUCGAUCAAAUAACAAAUCCUCCAGUGGAGGGACGAGGUCAUCGAGUGGUCGAGGAACGGAUCGAUUCCAGUACGAAGGAACUCGUGGAGGAAUCUUCAAUAGUGACCGAUUCCACAUCCUGGCCGUCCACCUUCGAGACAGACAUCAUGGACAAUGAGAUCCUCGAGACAGUAGACUACGUGAAAUCUAAUCCAGAAAUUGCCACUACCACUCCUGCUGCUGUUGAUGAGUCAACGACGGUUAUCGAUUCGACUACUAUAGAUUCAACUUCGUCGAUCAGAGAUGACGAUCUGAACGAUUCAUCAACGAUUUUCUCGACGAACAGUAUCGUCGAAUCGACGACGAUCACCGUGAGCGAAGAUCUGUCGUCGACAGACGACACAACGACCACCACGAUCACGACUACGACUACUGAAUUGACCACCUUGUUACCAGAAGCGAAUGGAAACGAUACAGUGACGAAAGUGCAGGGAUUGGAGGAAGAGAAGAUGCACAACGUGACUGUGAGGAACAAGAAUACGACAUCGACGACGAGCGGAGAUUUCGAGCAGGAUUUCGAGCACGCCAACUCGACGGCGGAAACGAUGGAGACCACGGAAUCGAUGGGCAAAGGGACAGCUACCAGAACAUCAUCCACCGUGUUAAUGCCAGACGACAUCCUGGUGAUGAACGUGACUGUGAAAACGAACGUCUCGGUCAGUCACAUACAGGGUGUGACGAUCAACCCUAUUAGGUCGAUUCCGCCGGACGUUGAGGCUAUCCUAAACAUCACUCACCGUGAAAAGGGCGAGGAUUAUGAUUACGACUACAGCGAACCAACAUUGCCGCCAUCAUUACCGAAUGUCAGGAUAAUUCCGUUCGUGGCGGCAGAUGCGCUUGUAAAAGACAAGGCAGUUCCAUCCUCGGUCACUGGAUAUCCUUCCGGUUCCGUAGUGGUUCCUCCAGAGCUACGGCCCACAGACACCUCAGGAUUUUACGAUAUCGCCACUCAGGAAAACAGAUUCAGCCCGCCUGUGGAGACUGAAGGUGGAUUCGUACCAAGAGAACCGCCCUAUUUCGAUCCUUCUUAUCAUUCUACCGACUUGAAUCUGGAAAUCGGAACAGGCGUCACUGUGGUUCCGGCGCCAAUCACGAAUCCCCAUCGUAAAGGCGAUGCCAACUGUCUCUUCGAGAAUAUGGAGUACCGUCACGGAGAGAUUUUGCCGAGCAGCAGUAUCUGCGUGAUUUGCAUGUGCUACCUAGGUGAGGUGAUGUGUUCCUCGGAAAAGUGUCCGCUCCUCAAGAUCGGAUGUAGGAGGAUCAACACCGACGAGACGUGUUGCGGAAAAAUCGUCUGCGUGGAAGCAGACGAAUCACCAACGGUAGUGUUGGACCGAGCAGAUGCUACAGCACCUUCACUUCAUCAGCCAAUAGUAUCACCAGAUCCAUUCCGCGAUGUGAUUAAGACUGAACCAGCUCCUGAUCUGCCAUCCCUGAUCGGAGAAAUGAAGCCUCUCCAACCUAAUUUCGAUUUCAUAAAUAAAUUUCCUCUUCUGCGUCCACCUUACAGACCGGAAGAAGAUCCAAACAGAUUGAUCUCCAAAAAUAAAUACAAUUUAGGUCAAGAAAGUCUUGUACAACAAGAGAUUUCAUCAAAUUACAAUCUUAAAGAAACCGAUCAGACUUUGAAUCACAUCUCUGAGACAAUUCCUCAAAGAAUUGGUUCUCUGGUGAUAGAUCACACUAUCAAGAAACAAGAAAAUGAUACACUUCCCUGUAUCAAUGCAACAAAGUCUUUUGUCAAAUCGAAUGUUUCUAAAAUUGAUGAUAUUAAUAUUUCAACCGAUGCCAAGCUUGGAGAGAUAUCUGUAAAAGUGAACGAUUCUAAAUUUUAUUCUACUACCAGCAGAUCUUCUGAAUCUGAUCUAAAUCUCGAGGAUCCUAACGAUCACAGUAGCAAAGAUACGAAGACAAAAGAAAUAUCGACGACUAGUAGGUCGGCUACCAUUAUCAAUCAGAAGCCAGGAGAGGAAAAGAAGUUUUCCAAGGCUAGUGAAAAGAUGGAAGAUUUCACAGAGAGUGUAACGAAAAUUAUAGAGAACGAAAUUCCAAUGUCGGUGACGAGUUUAUUGAAACUGGCUGGAUGUAAUAUCUAUGGAAGAAUGUACCGCGUUGGAAGGAUCAUCACCGAGCUGUCUGGACCUUGUUUGGAGUGCAGGUGCACGGAGAUUGGGGUGCAGUGUAAGCAGCUCAAGUGUUGAUCGAGGUUGCCCGUGCUCGGGCAACCUGUUUUCCUUGCAAUUAGGUUCGUUCGAGUUAAUAGAUUCACUGCUGCUCGAUGCGUUUCCGGAGGAAAAUCUUGAGAUAAUUGAUUGACGAUCUCUAACGAUUUAGAAUUGAAUGGAUCUUUAGAUAGAGUGCUGGUAUAUUGUAUUAUAAUUCUAAUACGUUGAUUAAUACUUUAUCUGAGAGAAUUUUUGGAAUUGAAAGAGAUAAAUUUGGAAAAUUGGAAGAAGGUAAGUGAAAGAAUAAGUUUGGAAUAAUCUUUUAUGGUUAUUAUGUUGAAAUGAGAAAUUAUGUAAAAGAUAUAAAGAUUUUCAGUAAACAGGAAAUUAUUAAAGAAAUUGAAGAAAAACUCAUAUAAGUGACAAAAUAUUUUAUUAAUUGAAAAAUAUUGAGAGAUGAAUUUUAAUAGAAAAAUUUGUAUAUUUCAAAGAUAACAUUAAUAAUUAAUAAAAAGUAUAAUAAACGCAAAUAGUGCAAAUAUGAUAAACAUAGAAUUUUCUGAACUUAUAUUUGAAAAAAGAUUCAUUGUACCAUUUUUCCUCUUAAAAAAAGUAAAAUUUUUCUUUUUCUGACACUUGCAUCAUUUAUCAUUUAAACUAUACGAUUGGAUAUCAUGUUUUUAUUUAAUUUUUUGAAUCAAAUUCCAAUCUUAAAUUUAAAUUUGAUUAAUGAUAUUGCAAUUUAUUUGUUUUUCAUUUUACUUUAUUAUUAUUAUUUCUUUUUAUUCACAACCGAGCAUAUUUAUCAAACAAAAGAAGGCUUUAUAUUUAGAUUGAGUAAAGUGAAUGUGUUAAUUCCUCGAAUCUGUUUUGUUCAGCGAAUUAGCUUGUUGGAGGGUGAUGCCACGAUGGAAAUUCUUAAGCAGUUGACAAGAUUUUCAGGCACGUUCCGAGAUUCUAAAUUCCUCUUCCACUAUAUAUUAUAAUUUCAGAACUAUGCAAUCAUAAUAUUUCUAAGUAAAAUAUUCUUAAUUAGGAUUUAUAUGUGAAAAUUUCAUUUCGUGCACGCAAACAAUUAUAUAUCAGCAUUAAUUAAGCAUCUUAUAACAAUAUAGUUAAAUAUUAUUACAAAAUUUUCAAUCUUUUAUAAAUUUUUUUAUCAAUAUUCUAAUUAACAUCUCGAUUGUGAAAUUAUUUCUAUCAAUUAUUAUUGAUUCAGAGAAAGAUCAUUGAGGAUUCAGAGAAAACGAUUUUUCAAUUAUAUUUUAUGGCAAAAGUUCCUUCAAAAAAAGAAGAUGGAACAUUUUUUCACCGUUAAGUCUUAUUAAGCUUUUGGUCUGGAAAAAAUCCACAAGAUUUGCAAAAAUCGAUCAGGAUGUAAUUGCAAAGGAUAACAAUUUCAUGCUCCGUAAGAAUAAAGGCAGAAGUUGCCAUUUCGAGUUCCGUUCCUCUGCUUUAGGAAUUAACCUGCUAUUGGUCGGUGUUUCGUUUUGAUUUAUUCGCGUGAUUUAAUUCAUUUGAUUAAGUGGCGCACGAUAAAGCUAUUAAGCCGUUCACGAGAUUCCGUGGAUUCAUCUUGUAAUAUUUCAUAAAAUAAAAUCGUUACAAUUUUUUUUUGAAUUACAAAUUUUUAUCGAAAAUAAAUAAAACGUAUUAAUAUUUAAUAUACGAAAAAUAUUAUAUUGUGUGAAACUUAAAUUACGUCCUUAUAUAUUUUAUAUUACAGGAAUAAGAUCUACAUUUUAUCAAAAAUCUUAUUUAGUGAAAUAUUUAUAUAAAAAGUAUGAGUAGAAAUUAAAAAUUUUAUUAUCAAAACGCAUUCAGAAAAUAGAGGAAACCGUGCUAUUGAAUUUGCUUUUUGAUUCAUCCAAAUAUCUCGAUCGGUUGCCGAGAUAUAAGAACUCAAAGUAUCCAUAAUGUUUGUAUUUAAGCCAGUGUAAAGUUUACGAAUGUGUUCGUGGCACAGUGACCUAUAUUUUUUCCAGGAAUCGCAUCUAUUAUUUGUUUGGAGUUUGGGAUAGGUCAGUGAAACGAAGUGCGAACGAGAGUUCCGAGUAGAGACAAAGACGGAGAUAACAGAAUAUUGAAAAUUACCUUUUUCUUUACACGACGAUAUCUCGGGAACCGAAAGUCGUAUCGAGAUAAAUUAAAAAGCAUUUUAAAGGGCAAGGAUCCUAAUUUCUAAUGAUCUUUUAUUAUUGAUCGGAAAUCAUUAUCUUCAAAAUUAUAGCGAUUUAAAGUUUUCAUAAUUUUAAUAGGACUUAAUGCGAUAGAUAUAAUUAUUUCUGAAAUGAUGUUACUUAUAUCAAUUUUACAGGCUGAUUUGUUACAGUUCAGAGUUUCGAAAACUCGAUUUAAAUAAAUUCAUUCUAUAUUCCUCCGAUAAAAUAAAAAUUCGAAUAGGAAAAUUUGCAUCUCGGAACAAUUGCCAAAUAAUUCUAUUUAUUUCAAUUUCAUAACGUGUAUCAGUGGCAUCGCGUCCUCCAUAGAUACACUUAAUCCUGUAUGUUAUUUUUUUUUAUCAACCAGAUCCCGUAUACUGCGUAAAUACAAUUAAUUAUAAUAUUGUGAUUCUUACAACGUGGUGCUAUGAUCACAUUGCUAUUAUUUAGAUCGUAAGCGUAGCCAGUAAUUAAUCUUAACGUAAUCAAUGAAGAAUAAGUCGAUAUUGUAAUCGAAUUGGUACAACGAUUCCUCGGCGAAACGUCUUCUCUUUCCUUUUUUUCCGUUCCUCUCGUUUUUUCUCGUUUUUCUUUCUCGUUUUAAGAGUUGCAGGGGGACACCGUGCCGGAAAUGGAUCACGGGUAAGCGUAAUCGUUUCUGUAUCGCGUUAGCAAGGCCGUAAAUUCGCGCUGAAUGCCGCACAGAGGCUUGUACUAUACGUUUUAUUGUACGAUUGUCGUAAUAAACGUUUACGGAAUUCA